AUGUCACAGAGGCUGGAGGCAUCUAGAACACUGCGGGCUCCCGGCCUCAGCAUCAUCUGCCAGCACGGCCCGGGUCGGGCAGCUCCUCCUGGGACCGGCCUUCACGGACACAAUGCGUGCCGCGCUGCCCCCGGGACCAGCCUCCGCCUAGGGCCACCCGGGGCCCAGCCGCCCUGCCCAACAGCCUGUGCCCCUAUCCGAGCUCACUUCCCUUCCCAUCCCAGCCACGGGCCCCCGGGGAGGCCCUGGAGAUGCCCGAAGGCCUCCCAUCGGUGGUCCCCAGUGGGACCUAGCUCCACGCAGUGGCUGGAGGAGGGAGAGGGGGAGGGGGUGGCCAUGGGGUGGGCGCGGCUGGCGCGGGCCCCGGGGGCGGUCACGGCCGCCCUGAUCCUGUGGGCCCUGCUGGUGCCCUCGCAGGCGGUGGUGCGGGCCAUGCUGGACGGGAACGUGAGCACGGUGGACUUCCCGGGUUUGCCGGCCCUGUUCGGGGUGCCCCUGGCCCCCCAGGGCGUCCGGGGCUACCUGAUGGAGGCCAAGCCAGCCAACGCGUGCUACCCCAUCGAGGGCCCGCGGCUGGGCAACGGCUCCCUGGGCGCCAUCGUGCUCAUCCGCCGCUACGACUGCACCUUUGACCUCAAGGUCCUGCACGCCCAGCAGGCCGGCUUCGAGGCGGCCAUCGUGCACAACGUGCGCUCAGACGAGCUGGUGCGCAUGGCACACGUCUAUGAGGACCUGCGGCGCCAGAUCACCAUCCCCUCUGUGUUCGUGGGCGAGGCCGCCUCGCAGGACCUGCGGGUCAUCCUGCGCUGCGACAAGCUGGCCCACAUCCUCCUGCUGCCCGACUACCCGCCGUGCCCCGAGCUGGACUGCCACCCCGUGCUGGCCAUCUCCUGGGUCCUGGGCCGCGCCCUGGCCCUGCUCACGUCCACCGUCUUCGUCCUGCGGCGCCUGUGGCGGUGGCUCUGGGCCCGGUGGACCAGGGUCAAGACGGCGCAGACGCAGGCGUGCCAGAAGGCCCAGGUGCGCACCUUCACGCGGCACAGCGACCUGUGUGCCAUCUGCCUGGACGAGUACGAGGAGGGCGACCGACUCAAGAUCCUGCCGUGCGCCCACACCUACCACUGCAAGUGCAUCGACCUCUGGUUCUCCCAGGGCGCCUGGCGCUCCUGCCCCGUGUGCAAGCAGUCAGUGGCCGGCACGGAGGACGGCUCCGACUCCACCGUCGAGAGCUUCGGGGACGAGGACCCCUCGCUGCCCGGCCACCGGCCCCCCAUCUGGGCCAUCCAGGCCCAGCUGCGCGCCCGCAGGCUGGAGCUGCUGGCCCGGGCCGGCCCGCACCGCCGCUGCAGCGCCACGUCUGUGGGGGCGGCCGAGGUCGUGGUGUCCCCGGGACCCCCCUGA